CUCCCGGGCAACGGGCGGUUCUCAGCGCACCGCGCCUGCGCAGGCCCUCACUCCACUUCGGCGCCCGCCCGCCGAGCAUGGCCUCCAAGCUGCCUGCGGUUCCGGAGUCGUUGUCGAGCGCGGAAGACCAGACUACUCAGCAGGCCAGGCCCUCGGUCACAUGGAACCUGGGCUUGUCCACGGCUUCUGCGGACGCCGCCCAGGCCUCCACCAGCUCCGGUACCAACCCGGCCUCGGCCUUCUUCCGGCGCAGUAGGGUCGCCAGCCGCCCCGAAGUGAACGUAGGGGCCCGGCCUCAGAUCUGCUUCCUGCGGCCGCGGACCACGCAGCCGCUGGUGUUCUUCAGCUUAAUGAAUUCCAGUGAAGCAGCAAUGAGAAAUUUUCUACCCAAGAGCCACUUAUCUCGGGUGAUUACUCGUGACAACCUCUGUGCACAACGAAUCUAUGAGAUGGAGAUAAGAGCUUCAGACAAGACCAAGAAAAAGAUGAGCCACUUGUAUGACCACCUGAAAAAAAAGUUCAUGACGGACCAGCUCAGAAAGCUGGGGCGCUGGAGACGGGAAUCCAUGAAUGUCCAGCAGUACCUGGAUAGCAUCCGAUUGCAUCCGUUCCAGUUGAAAUUCCAUCCUGAAGAGAAAAUCCGGCCACCCUAGUCAAGGCAGAAUCAUCUUCCCCAGAGCCAUGACGACACUAGGCUGAUGGGAGAAAAAGAGCUAGAAACUAGCUAGCCUACACUGUCAUAGAACAACAAUAAACCCAGACCAGUGGACAGUGGAGCACAAAAACCCUCAGCAAUUGUGCUGUUCCUGGCCCCGCCCCAUCCCCUCUGUUCUGGUGAAGGAGUCCUGGUAGUCCUGUAGCUGCCCAAGGGGAAGAGGCCCAAUCAAGCUGGCUUACACGGUUAAGGCAAAGAUCGACUGUUGGUAUCCACAUGCCUGAGGUCAAGUGCCAGGCCAGGUGUGCUGGGACAUCGGUACCUUAGAUGAGAAGGGCCACUGCUUAGCAUUCCAGUGGUAAGGAGGUCAAGGGGUGGGGCAUCAGACAGACCUGAGUUAAGUGCUAUUUCUGCCAUCUAUCUGCUAUGUGACUUUGUAACCUCUGAGCCUUUGUUUCCUUAUCUGAAAGGGAUAGUAGUGAGGGAACCUGCCUGCAAGAACUGGUGUGAGGAUGUGGAGUACUUGGCCCAGGGCCCAUCAUUUCCAAUGGCUCUCAUCAUGAUGGCUCCAGUUGGCUUCCAGCCUUGCCAGUCCUCACUCUCUGGCUUGCCUGCUGUCCCAACUACACCCUGACUUCACAUUGUGCUUUUACUCACGGCAGGCCCCUCAUCUAGAAUGCCUCUUUAGCACCUCAGGGCUCUCAGGAAACUCUUCAUCCUUCAAGGCUUAUUUCACUGCCACUCCCCACCCUCCCAACCCUCCCACCCCCAGCAAAGCUUCUCAGACCUCCUUCUGCCUCCUGCCUGCGCCUUUCCCUACCCUGCCUAAGCCACAUGGGUCUCGUCUCUCCUCUGAACUUGGAUUACCUGUGGUGGCUUCACUCCGCCUUGUAGCUAUUGGGUACUUGUCCCAACCCCUGAUUAGGUUGUACAGUCUUUGAGAGCAGGGAGCAAAGAUCCUUCAAGAUUCAGUUCAGGCCUCUUCUGUGGCACUUCCCCUACCUGGCCCCAGUAGAAAAGGCCACUCCUUCCUGUUCCCACACCUUUGCACCCAAGGGGGCGUUGGCCAUUUCUUCUUUGCUCACUGUUUCCCUGACCAGGUUGUAAAAUGCCUUGUUGGCAGGGACGCUGACUUACUCAUCUUUGUAACCACAAUGCCUAGUAAAUGGAGCAAUCACUCAGUGUUUUUUGAAUAAAUGACUAUCUUAUUC